UAUAAAUCGGGCUAAAUAGUUUGUCGGUUGUCACCACUAUCUAUCAACCCCCAGCAAUCAUACGAAAUCAAUGUUCAUAUUCCAUACCCAUCAAAUCCAACUUUUCGUACAACUAUCCACAGCACGAAAACUCUAGAAACCAUCACAACCUUCCCACACGCAUAAACCACCACCUAUCAAGUUGAACCAAUUCUUAAAAAAAAAAUGGCGGAUGAGGUGAAGUUGCACGGAGUUACAGGGAGUCCAUACGUCUGCAGAGCGGUUAUUGCUCUGAAUCUGAAGGAAAUCAAGUAUGAAUUUGUUGCGGAAGAUUUGAGCAACAAGAGUGCUGAUUUACUUAAAUAUAAUCCUGUUUAUAAGAAGGUGCCGGUGCUGGUACACAACGGGAAUCCGAUAUCGGAGUCUCUUGUGAUCGUGGAGUAUAUUGAUGAAGUCUGGAAAGGAGUUCCGAUUUUGCCUCAGGAUGCUUAUGAGAAGGCUCAGGCUCGAUUUUGGGCUAAAUUUAUGGAUGAUAAGUGUUUUCCUGCAGUAUUUAAGGCUGUUAGCAGCCAUGGAGAGGAGCAAGCUGUUGGAGAAGCUCAUGAAGCAUUUCAAUUUCUGGAAAAUGAAUUGAAAGUGAAAGGCAGCAAGUAUUUUGGAGGUGAUAACAUCAACCUGGUUGAUAUUUCUGCAACUUUCGUAGCCUUUUGGGUUGGAGCAGCUGAAGAAGCAUUAGGAAUAGAGCUGUUGCCCAAAGACAAGUUUCCAAAGUUAACCGAAUGGAGUGAUAACUAUGUUAACUGUCAAGCUGUGAAGGAUAGCUUACCUCCAAGAGAAAACAUAGUUGCUUUCUUUAAGAAGCGGUUUGGUAAGGCGUAAUAUGUUGGUGAAUUAUGGUUAUGAAGUUGGUGUGUUUCUUCUGUUCAUUGAUGUGUCAAUAAGCAGCUUCUAGGAGCUGGUUUGUCAAUUAAGAUGUAGUAUACUAGUAUGUAAGUUUUUGGUUGUUUACUUGUUUUGUUACGUUGUUGAAAUUGAUAAUUCAAAGUUAUCUUUUGUUUUUUUAUUU